AUGGAAGUCGUGGCGUAUUUGAAGUCCGGGGUUCUUGUAAAGUUUCUUGAUGAUAUGAAAAUGGGGGGUAAUGCCUCCGAGGAUGAUGGAAAACCAAUAUUGUUGCAAAUCAGAAGCAUCAUUCCUGUUCUUGAAGAAGGCAAUCUUUGGCCUAACAGAGGAUUUUACCUUAAAGUUUCAGAUACUUCACAUGCAAUGUAUGUUUCUUUUCCCGAUGAGCAAAAUGAGAUGAUUCUUGCAAACCAAUUGAAAUUGGGUCAAUUCAUUUAUGUACAGAAAUUGGAGGAGGCUCAACCUUUUCCAUUGCUAAGGGGCGUAACCCCUCUCCCUGGUAGGCACCCCUGUGAGGGAACCCCUGAAGAUAUUGUUUCGGUCGCAAAUGUAAUGAACUUUCUUCAGCCAUCUAAUUCUGAUUGUAUUGUUGAAAAAAGUGUAAUUUUGGAGAAUAGGAUUACUGAAAUCCCAUCCAAUUCAAGAAAAUUGUUUCGUGGAUUAUAUGAUCCUGAGGGGUUGAAGAAGAAAAAUGAUCAUUUGGAAAGAAAAUCUAAGGGCAAAGUUUGGUCUCGGAGUGCUUCAAAAGUUUGUUCAGGAGAGAAGAUGAUGGGCUUGGAUUCCACUGCUAAAAGAUCUGACAGUGAGAGGAGAAAUUCUGAUCUUUUCCAAGAACUAUAA